UCUCUCAAAAAGAUCACAGAGAGAGAAAACGAAACGCCGUUGCCUCGCCUCCUCCCCCUCUCCCUCCCUCCCUGGUGCCCGUCACGUUCACCUCGCUCGCCCGCUCGUUCGCCGGCGGCGUCGCUUCCCAGCUCGGCCUCCCGCUGUCCGCCGCCCGCGGAGGCCAGGCCCCCCCCGGGGCCGCCCGCUCGGUCCGCCGCGGAGGCAAGGCUAUGAGUUGGGAAGGUCUGAAGUUUACUAUCUGUUCGGUAUUAGCAAGGACGUGAAGUGAAAGUAUCAUAUUCAAAGUGUUUGUCGUGAUUCCAAGCAGUUUUCUUUUUCUGUUGUGGAUUUUAACCACAAAACUGAAACUCGAAGAAAUCUUAGGAAUUAGAUCUUUUAUAGUACUUGACAGAAAAAUCUCUUCCAGACAUGGUGGUGUCUUUAGACAAUGUGAGGGGCUUAACUUUGGCCAUGUCAUCUAGUGCAUUCAUUGGUUCUAGCUUUGUGAUCAAGAAAGUUGGAUUGAAGAAGGCUGGGGAUAAUGGAAGGCGUGCAGCUUCUGGAGGUUUCUCAUAUCUAUAUGAGCCGUUAUGGUGGUUGGGAAUGAUAACUAUGAUUCUAGGCGAAGUAGCCAAUUUUGCAGCAUAUGCAUUUGCCCCUGCCGUACUUGUUACUCCUCUAGGAGCUCUAAGCAUCAUAUUUAGUGCAGUGCUCGCACACUUCAUUCUGAAAGAAAAUUUGCACAUGUUUGGCAUUGUUGGUUGCAUACUAUGCGUUGUUGGUUCCGUUGGUAUAGUUUUGCAUGCCCCAAAGGAGAGAAAAAUUGAUUCUAUGAAGGAAAUAUGGCAUCUUGCAACACAGCCAGGUUUUAUUGUUUAUUCAUGCGUGGCGGUGGCCUGUGUUCUUUUUUUGAUAUUCCGGGUUGUUGAACGCUCUGGACACAGAUUGAUGCUUGUUUACAUAGCAAUCUGUUCAUUAAUGGGAUCCCUUACGGUUAUCAGUGUAAAAGCAGUUGCCAUUGCUUUAAAGCUAUCAUUUAGUGGAUCAAAUCAAUUCAUCUACGUUCAGACAUGGUUCUUCAUAGUAGUAGUCACUAUUUGCUGCUUGGUGCAGUUAAACUACUUAAACAAGGCUUUGGACUCAUUCAACACGGCUGUGGUUUCUCCUGUAUACUACGUGAUGUUCACCAUUCUGACCAUUGUUGCGAACAUGAUCAUGUACAAGGACUGGGCCUCGCAAACUGCAACACAGAUCGCAACACAGCUAUGUGGGUUUGUGACCAUUGUCGCGGGGACUUUUCUGCUUCACAAGACUAGGGAUAUGGGGAAUCCACCACCACCUGACCAAAUAUGCCUGGAAGAAGCCAGAGAAUGUGGUCCACGGUCAACAAACAGCUCUAGCUGAACACACAUAAGAUGUUAAAAUCUCAGAACCUUUUAUAGAAUUGGAGUUUUGAGCUCUAUGGUGACCUUUGUAGAUAUAUUAGGAAGGAAGUGAAGAUUGGAGUGCCUGGUAGUUGGACUUACCGAUGAAGCGUUUUCUGGACCAAGAAAGAAUGAACUGUAUGAAAGCAUCGGAAUCUUGUCAAGACAUAGGAUUCAAAAUCUAUAUAGAUGGUUCGUUGCCCUUUUUUACUUAGAGUUCAAGGGACUUAGGACCUGUUUCCAUUAGCUGCUGAUAGUUUAUAGCUAAUAUUAGCUGCUGUUAGCUAGUUUGGUCCAACUAGUAAAAUAGUUGAUAGUUUGGUAUUCAGCUACCAAAUUCAA